AUGUCGUACUCAACUUUCGACCCUCAGCGAUCGGCUGAACUUCAUGAUGAAAUCCUGCGGUAUGCAUGGACUGGUGCCGGUCAUGAUAUUGAUUCGCUCCCGUCCACAACUUGGUGGGAGGAGUGUCGCCCAGUCGGCCUCGAGUCACGCUUAACUUCCAAACUCGCUCAGUUCCUCCGUUCAGCUAGAUCUACUCCAUCACGGGCAUGGUCAGACAAUGAUCCUGGGUUUCACUUGUUCUACUUUCUUAGGGGGCUACAGAUCGGCGACAAUAUGCUCCGGUACCCUUUGCUCGAUGAUGAGAAUGACCGAUUCGUGUAUCUAUAUGAAUCUACAGGCUGUUACAGUUGUGGUGAGGAAGUUGGCAUAGUAUUUGACCAAAAAACUGAGCUAGCUGCCUAUAUCCCUGACUGGCAAUUUAGUAGACUUGUCAUCGAUAAUGCAGGAUGCUGGAUGCCACUCCAACAAAUACUCGGGGCUUACCUAGAGAUGAUUGAAGAGGGAAAAGUGAAGACGUCUACUGAAAUAAAGGAGGCAUUUUCCCAAUUCUUCCCAUGGGAGUAUCAUCAAUACACGCAGCGAGAUGUCGACAAGUCAGUCACUGCGUUCACUCGCCUCCUCGAUGCAAUUGAAUGCAGAAUGCCAUUUCAGUCGGACAAAAUAGAUAUCAAGUAUCCGCAGUCUGUGCUUGAUGAAGCUUUCACUCCCCAAAGGUCCUUCGUCAGGUCAUUUCUCUCUGCACUUCCUCCGCGUCAGGUUCAUUUUCGCUUUAUUGCUCCAGGAAUUUGGUUACAGUCUAUCGACGAAUUAAAGAUUCAGCCCUUUGCAGUUCACAAUGCUGGCAGUCAACGUGGGUUGGACGACGAAGAUGAGCAUAAUAACGAAGACGAGGAAAUCCCAUUCCUUCUCUUUCGAGCAGAUGGAUCCAAUGUUUCACCAUGGGAUCAUCCAUUCAACAACGUUGAUUGCCCCGCUGGUUUAUACAUUGAAGGAAUCCAGAAAGAUAGAGCACAGGACUUCGGGAAUAUGUCUAGACUGCUUCUUCCUUUUGGUAUUGGAUCGAAAGGACACGCUCGAGAUAGCACGGGGAGGCAGAUUGGAUUCUACGGAAGUCCGAUAAAACUCAAAGACAACUCCCAUGAGCUUUAUCAGGUUUGCGAUUCAAAUGGAUUUUUGGAAAAUCAUGGUGUCCAGCUUCAUAAAGUGCUAGUGAAUUGGGCGGAAAGAGUUGAGUCGGGCGAUUGGGAGGUGGACGAGAAUGGGGUUGCGGGCGAGAUUGAGAAGUUCAAGGAUGCUGAUACGCCUGAAAAUUGGGAGAAGUAUCAAAUUCUGCUGUCGUGGUGA